AUGUUCCAAUAUCCCAACCUUGGGAUCGCCCGUGCUGCAAUUGAGACGCCUUCCAAGGGGCAGAAUAUCUAUCUCUAUCAUUUUGAGGAGGUUUCUCCAUUCCCUGGAGCAACUCAUGGGCUCUCCUAUCACGGUCUGUGUGCUUUGCUCAUCUACCUCAAUCAACUUGAUGAUUCUCCUGAGCCAACAAGGGUUGCCUCUCUAGAAGCCGCUUCCACCUUUACAGCCUUUGCAAACGGAAAGGAACCUUGGGAAUCCCUUGGUGAGGCUGAAAGAUUUAUGCGCUUUGGGCCAGAUGGAGUGAGUGAGAUGCAUAAUUUCGAGUCUGAUAAGACUAAAACCUAUGAGCAUAUUGAGUGGAUGGGUGCUCACUGGGAGAAGACUUUACUUUUUGUACGUCAUCUUCUUUACUAG